UAACCUCCUCCUGACAUGUUCCUCUCUGUCUGAUGUCUGCACAGAGUCCAGCCCAUGUUGAGCCUCAGCCUGUUUUAACUUGCUGCAGAAGGAAAACACCUCCUCAGAUACAGUCGUCCGGAGCUGUGAGAGCAGCAAUUAUUGAUAUUAAUUUAUCAAAUUUUAUUUUACAUUUUUCAGCCAGGGGGAACGUCUCUCUGAAACUAUUUUGGCACAGCCUUAAGUUGACUUCAGGGCCACUGUACUGGGAGUCCGACUGGGUGGCAACACUCAUACUAAGGUUUUUUCUGAUAUGGACACUGCAACCAGAGGUAAUAAAUCUCUCCCAUUCAGUGGAUCCUCCUGAGGACCUCGUGAUUCUAGACCCUGGUCAUCUUGGACGCCUUGACGUUACAUGGAGACCCCCGGCCAGCUUGAUCAACAUGACAGAGUGCACCAUACAGUACCAGCUGGAGUACUACAACCCAAACAAGGACAGCUGGACGGCCAUCAGGACGCCUUGGAGGUCUUACAACGCUCAGUUCGACCUGAUGAAAGACGUCAGAGUGAGAGUGUACACGCUGCUGGAUGGACCCUGCACCAAUGGCACCUUGGUCAAGAGUGUGAGCUACACGGAACUGGUUCAGAAACCUUCCAACAAAGGUGUGUUCGGUUCCAGGGUCAAGGAUUUCCUCUGUGUCUUCUAUAGCAUGGAGAACAUGGAGUGCACAUGGGGAAGAAACCCAAAGAUACCAGACAGCUCGCAGCAACAUCUUUAUUUCUGGCACAAGGAGCUGGACCGAGCUGAGGAGUGUCCGAAAUACAUCGUUUCAGGUGGAGUCAGGAGCGGCUGCAACUUCACGACGAACGAUCUCCCUAAUUUCACUGAUAUCAAUUUUUGCCUCAAUGGUUCCUCGCCUAAAGGACCCCUGAAACCGACAUUCACCUCCCUGCAAGUCCAAAACCAAGUGAAGCCUGGGGCCCCACAGAAGCUGUAUUUGCAAAGGGCUCCAGACAAGCAACUGGAAAUAGAGUGGGAAAGUCCUGUAGGGAGUGUUCCUGAACACUGCCUUGAGUGGGAGGUAGAACACAGUCAAGAGGGACCUGACGGAAAAAUAACACUGAUUUCAACCACAGACAGAAGCCUGACUCUGCCCCUCAUCCCCGACCAUGAAAGGAACUGUUUCAGGGUGCGGUCCAAAUUACACAACUAUUGUGUGGACAAAAGCUUUUGGAGUGAUUGGAGUCGUCCAGCCUGUCACCCAGAAAGGAAAGAAGUCAGCCCAAAACCAGAAUGGGACAUGGUACGAGUCUAUGUAUACGUAGCUGUUGCCAUCACUGCCACACUGGUGCUUACUCUGGGUGUAGGUACAAUGCUCAAACUGAGGACAUCAAGACAAGCGAAGAAGCUUGACUCUCUGCUAACCGACCUGUUUGGCAGAAGUUCAGCUCCGACAGUGACGGAGGCCUGAAGGGAUGAGGGUGAUGGGAAAUCACUACGAAGCUCUGAAACAUGGGGUCCUGUCAUUGCCUGAUUUCAACCCCUGCUGACACAUGAGUGUAGAUGCUACAUAUUAGACUGAAAGCUGCAAGAGGGUAUUUACAAAAAAGAAAUCAUUUGCACAGCAGUAUUAUAUUGCUUCUCUGUGCACGGCCUUUUAAUUAUAUUGCUUCAUGCAACUGCUCAAUUUUUACGAUUGUUGUGAGAUGUCUUAUCAACUGGAAUUGUUUUGUGUCAAGUUUUAUUGUUUCCUUUUUGCCUCAAAUCUUGCCAGAGGGUUUAUUGAGUGUGAAUCCGGCACACAGGGUUCACAUAUGUGGAAUGGUUUUAUGUUACUGCACUCAACUUGACUUUCAUCGGCUGCAGAAUUUGCAGUCUAAGUUUGAGGGAUUUGAAUCUUUUUUUAAAUGGUUAAUUUAAAGAGAGGAAGUUUGUUAGUUUAAAGUGUAAUGUUGCAACUUAUUUCCAGCUUUAGUAAUUGUUCUGAAAACAUAAUGCAGAUGGCUCAGAGGCAUUAUGUUCCCAGAUUCAACCCAUUUUCCUUUAGAUGAACUCAUGGAUAAGCUGAUAAAAUGUCGGUGGUCACACAUCACUGACCUCACAAUGCACAUUUGCCUCGCCUUGACUUUUUUAAUGAUUUCAGUGUGUUAGAAGAUGUUUUUUUAAUUGUUAUUAUCACAGCAUAGCAAAUCAUAGUAAUAACAUUACAAGAAACCUGAAGUGAAUCCUGGACUUUUGAAUGAUACUGAUGUUUCAGCAUAUUGUGGAGAAAAUAAUAGGAAAAUUACUUUUACACAAUAAAUGUUUAAUAUAAUUGUGGGGUAUA